AGAGGCAGAGCUGGAGUUCAAGCAUUCAGCCCCUGCCCACAGAGGUGGGUGCAGCCAUGGACCCCCUUUCGCCACAGCCCAACUGGACUGAGAUUGUGAACAAAAAGCUCAAAUUCCCCCCCACACUCCUGCGUGCCAUCCAGGAGGGCCAGCUGGGUCUUGUGCAGCAGCUGCUGGAAUCCAGUUCCGAUGCCUCGGGUGCUGGGCCAGGUGGUCCUCUGCGGAAUGUGGAAGAGUCUGAGGACCGCUCCUGGAGGGAAGCCCUCAACCUGGCCAUCCGCCUGGGCCACGAGGUCAUCACUGAUGUUCUGCUGGCCAAUGUCAAAUUCGACUUUCGGCAGAUCCACGAAGCCCUGCUAGUGGCUGUGGACACAAACCAGCCAGCAGUGGUGCGUCGCCUGCUAGCGCGGCUGGAGCGGGAGAAAGGUCGAAAAGUAGACACCAAGUCUUUCUCUCUAGCCUUCUUUGACUCAUCGAUUGAUGGCUCCCGCUUUGCCCCUGGUGUCACUCCACUCACACUGGCCUGCCAGAAGGACCUGUAUGAGAUUGCCCAGCUGCUUAUGGACCAGGGCCAUACCAUUGCUCGGCCCCACCCAGUUUCCUGUGCCUGCCUCGAGUGCAGCAAUGCCCGCCGAUACGACCUGCUGAAGUUCUCACUAUCCCGAAUCAACACCUACCGAGGCAUUGCAAGCCGGGCUCACCUCUCGCUGGCCAGUGAGGAUGCCAUGCUGGCCGCUUUUCAGCUCAGCCGGGAGCUCAGGCGCCUUGCACGAAAGGAGCCUGAGUUUAAGCCUCAGUACAUUGCCCUGGAGUCUCUCUGCCAGGACUAUGGCUUCGAGUUGCUGGGCAUGUGCCGAAAUCAGAGUGAGGUCACCGCAGUGCUCAAUGACCUGGGUGAGGAUAGUGAGACUGAGCCUGAGGCUGAGGGCCUGGGUCAGGCCUUUGAGGAGGGCAUCCCCAACCUGGCAAGACUGCGGUUGGCUGUCAACUACAACCAGAAACAGUUUGUAGCACAUCCCAUCUGCCAGCAAGUUCUGUCUUCCAUCUGGUGUGGGAACCUGGCUGGCUGGCGUGGAAGCACCACCAUCUGGAAGCUCUUUGUUGCCUUCCUCAUCUUCCUCACCAUGCCCUUCCUCUGCAUUGGCUACUGGCUGGCGCCCAAGUCCCAGCUGGGCCGCCUGCUGAAGAUCCCGGUGCUGAAGUUCCUGCUGCAUUCUGCCUCCUACCUGUGGUUCCUUAUCUUCUUGCUGGGAGAGUCUCUGGUCAUGGAGACCCAGCUGAGCACCUUCAAAGGCCGCAGCCAGAGUGUCUGGGAGACUUCACUACAUAUGAUCUGGGUCACAGGCUUCCUAUGGUUUGAAUGCAAGGAGGUGUGGAUCGAGGGCUUGCGGAGCUACCUCCUGGACUGGUGGAACUUCCUGGACGUGGUCAUCCUGUCCCUGUACUUGGCAUCCUUUGCACUGCGCCUCCUCCUGGCUGGGCUUGCCUACAUGCACUGCCGUGAUGCCUCAGACAGCACCACCUGCCGCUAUUUCACCACAGCUGAGAGAAGUGAGUGGCGUACAGAGGACCCCCAGUUUCUGGCUGAGGUGCUCUUUGCUGUCACCAGCAUGCUCAGCUUCACCCGACUGGCAUAUAUUCUGCCAGCUCACGAAUCGCUGGGCACACUGCAGAUCUCCAUCGGCAAGAUGAUUGACGACAUGAUCCGGUUCAUGUUCAUCCUCAUGAUCAUCCUGACUGCCUUCCUCUGUGGCCUCAACAACAUCUAUGUGCCCUACCAGGAAUCCGAGAAGCUAGGCAAUUUCAACGAAACGUUCCAGUUUCUCUUUUGGACCAUGUUCGGCAUGGAAGAGCACACAGUGGUGGACAUGCCUCAGUUCCUGGUGCCUGAGUUCGUGGGCAGGGCCAUGUACGGCAUCUUUACCAUCGUCAUGGUCAUUGUGCUACUUAACAUGCUUAUUGCCAUGAUCACCAACUCCUUCCAGAAGAUCGAGGAUGAUGCUGAUGUGGAGUGGAAGUUUGCUCGCUCCAAGCUCUACCUGUCCUACUUCCGAGAGGGUCUGACGCUGCCUGUGCCCUUUAACAUCCUGCCAUCCCCAAAGGCCGCCUUCUACCUCGUCAGGAGAAUUUUCCGGUUCCUUUGCUGUGGCUCCUCCUGCUGCAAAGCCAAGAAGUCGGACUACCCGCCCAUCGGGACCUUUACCAACCCCGGGGCAAGGGCGGGCUCCGCCGGGGAAGGAGAACGCGUGUCCUACCGCCUUCGAGUCAUCAAGGCUCUGGUGCAGCGCUACAUAGAGACUGCCCGGCGCGAGUUCGAGGAGACCCGUCGGAAAGACCUGGGCAACAGACUGACAGAGCUGACCAAGACUGUGUCUCGACUGCAAAGCGAGGUGGCCAGUGUGCAGAAGAACCUGGCGGCGGGAGGGGCACCACGGCCUCCGGAUGGUGCCAGCAUCCUCAGUAGAUACAUCACCCGAGUGCGCAACAGCUUCCAGAACCUGGGCCCCCCUACCUCUGACACCCCAGCAGAGCUGACUAUGCCUGGGAUUGUGGAGACCGAAGUCUCUUUAGGAGAUGGCCUUGAUGGCACAGGUGAAGCUGGAGCUCCCGCUCCUGGAGAGCCCGGCUCUUCCUCCUCUGCCCAUGUGCUGGUUCACAGGGAGCAAGAAGCAGAGGGGUCAGGGGACUUGCUCCUGGAAGGAGAUCUGGAGACCAAGGGCGAGUCCUAAGGCAACAGAAGGGUCUCUUCUGUCACUAAGUGCAGCUGCUGUGUUGGGUAGAGCCAGGGUCUCACAGUAGAAGACCAUGGUGCUUUUUAAUAUUAUUAUUAUUUAUUUUAUUUUAUUUUAUUUUAUUUGUUUUUUUGCCUCAGUAAAAUUUCUGCUGUGGAAGUCAGAUGGUAGUCUCCAUCUCUUGGCAUCCUAAGAUUCCUUCCUUUACUUCCCCUAAAAUGGACGCUGUGGGAGGAGGGAAGAGAGAAACAGCUUGCUUUGAGUUCUGGGGUUUAGAAUCCUACUUUUGGGAUUCCUUAGGUCUUUAGUGAAAAACGUUCUGGCCUAGGAGACUGGAAGACUGGGAGCUAGGAGGCCAGAGAAGCAGGAGACCUGAGUGGGUAGGUCUGAGAGAUGGGAGGCCUGGAGGUGGUGCCCUUUCUUGGCCUGGCAUUCUCUUCAGGGAUGGGUAUCAAUCUAUCCCCUCCCUGACUUCAUGAGGCCCCUGUGGCUGUUAAGAAGCAUCAGGCACAGAGGCUACAAUGUGUGACCCGGAUGACUGGGAAAUUAGUUUCCAUCCCUCGACUUUCAAGCUUGUCAAGGACAAAUGACGUCAUGCAAUAAACCAGUC